CAUUUAAAAAAUUAAAACGUGCCAUCUCUGUUACAACAACACGAACAUUAUUACAAUCUUACAUUACCCAAAAUCCAAAAAAAACCACUUCUCCUCUAACUUCUUCUGAGAGGAAAAACUCAUCAAAAAUGGCUACUCUGAUAGUCCCAGAAAUUGUUCCUUCUCCAAUUCAGGAUUCUGAGACUCUCAAAAAAGCUUUUCAAGGUUGGGGAACAGAUAAGAAAGCAGUAAUAAGAGUAUUGGGUCAGAGAAAUGCAGGUCAAAGGAAGAAGAUUACUCAAGCUUAUCAACAGCUUUACAAUGAAUCUAUCUUUGAUAGUCUUCGUUCUGAAAUUUCCGGUGACUUUCUGAAUGCAAUACUUCUAUGGACAUAUGAUCCUCCGGAAAGAGAUGCGAGACUGAUUAAUGAUGCUUUAAAGGCGAGGAAGAAAGGGGUGAAACAUUUGCAAGUCAUAGUUGAGGUAGCAUGUGCUUCUUCCCCUCAUCAUCUGAUGGCUGUCAGGCAGGCUUACUGUUCCUUAUUUGAUUGCUCUGUUGAAGAAGAUAUCGCAUCAAAUAUACAACUUCCAUUGAGAAAGUUUCUUGUGGCUUUAGUGAGCUCCUACAGAUAUGACAAGGAAGUGGUCGACAUGAAUGUUGCCAAACUUGAAGCUGCUCACCUUCAUGAAUCCAUCAAAAAGAAGGAAUUAGACCAUAAUCAUGUUGUGUGGAUUCUUGGAACUCGAAAUUUCUUUCAGCUGAGAGCAACAUUUGCUUGCUAUAAGCAGGAGUAUUCUAGUACCAUUGACCAGGAUAUUUUGAAAUGUGGGAACGAUGAUUUGCAAGCUUUACUCAGAAUCACCAUUUUGUGCAUUGAAAGCCCUGAGAAGCACUUUGCUGAGGUUCUUCACUCGUCAGCUGAAUGUGUAGGGUGUAAUUGCUUUUCUCUUUUUUCGUUAGAUUGCUCAACUCUCUGCAACAUGUGUAAGGUUAUAAAUUCAUCAGUUGUUGGACUCGGUACAGAUGAAGAUUCACUUACUAGAGCGAUAGUGACUCGAGCUGAAGUUGACAUGGUAAAGAUCAACGAAGAGUAUUCCAGGGCGUACAAAGAAAGUGUUGUGGAUGCAGUUAUUGGUGACACAUCAGGGGACUACAAGAACUUCUUGCUCACUUUGCUUGGCAAUCAAAUAUAAGCACCCAAAUUAGAUAGUCCUAUAACUCUAUAAAGGCAAUCUGGUCGAUGAUCUUGGCUUGUUUAUCGCAUUACUGUACUAUAUGUAGUGUUUAUUAGCAUUUGUGUGAAUCAAUACUGGUAAUGGAUUGAGUCAUUGAAUAUUCAUUUACCAUGGAAGAUGCUUUUGAGUUUUGCUCGGCGUUCUGUUGUUUAAGGGUGAAUCUUUUUCAAAUAAUUUUGCUAUUUCUUUUUA